AUGGCGGCUUCGCAGCUCUCCAGCCUCGCGGCCUCCAAGUUCUUCCGCUCGCCUGCUCGCUGCUUCGCCGCCCCCACCUUUUCCGCUUCCUCUCUGUCUCCGCGCUCGAAAUGUGGCUUCCUUCCGUCUCCCUCUUGCCUCUCGAUGCAGAGGCGCUUCCUCGGCAACCGAGCUACCGGACCGCAGUUCGAUCUCCUCGACCCUAAGAGCAUCAACCUGAAGCAAGAGGCCGCGUACGUCUGCCGUCUGUUCCAUCUGCCCUCGCUGAACUACCUCGACUUCAAGCAGGGCUGCUGUUCCCUGCGCGUCUUCGUUUUACUUGCCAUGCUCGCCGGCAUCUCCGUCGAUCUGCUCCUUUUCCACCCCCCAAAGUCCUCAUACUGGAACAGAUGGCAAGUGCACCGCUGGCCUCUCAGCGCGGAGCGUCUUCUGUUCCCCGGGAAGGGCAACGUGUUUGAGUACCGCAAGGAAGGCGCGAAAGUCGACCCAGCUACUGGCGCCGUUCAGACAGAGGCCUGCGCAGCCUAUCUGAAACUCAUGUACGGUGCGUGA